GUAUGAAAAGUCGUGUGUGAUAGAAGAAAAAAAUAAAGCCCCAUUAAGAGGCUCUAGUUUUUUCAAUUUUUACAAAAACAUAUAAAACCCCAACAACAACUUCAAUAACUAUAAACAAAAAAACAACGUUAUGUAUAUUUUGAAUGCAAGCAGCCAAAACAAACCUUAAAAAAACUAACAACAAGCCAGAGAAACUCUGAGGAAACAAAUACCCAGAUAAAAAUAAAAAAACAACUACAACAUACCUACAUAAGUACUGAAAACAAAAAAAAAAAAACAAAACAAAUCAGAAAAUACUACUAAAAAGGCAACUUUGUACGCAAGAGUUUGACAACAGGAGAAGGGAGGCAAAACAGAACAAAUAAAAAAAAUUAAUAAAAAUGAAAAAAAUUACAGUCAUUUAUUAUUAAUUGUUAAAAAAAAUAAACAAUAACUACGUUCCUGUUUUUUAUAAACAAAAAUUAAAAAAAAACAUAAUUUUAAAGAGACUGAUUGCUUGGAAAACAUUAAACACAACAAAAGAAAUAAAAUAUUUUAAUAAUCUGAUGAAAUUACUCAGUGCAGCAGCCACAAAAUAAUAAACAAGAUAUUCUAAUGUUUUAACUUAAACCAAUCACCACCAUACAACACUUAUCGGCCCAUAACAUUGGCAGCCAAUUAAGAAAUAAGUGAAAAUUUGCCAUAACCCCCAAAAAAUAAAAAACCCUAACGCACCGGCGGCAAAAUGGGUAAGCGGGUUAUUGAAAGUCAUGAUAACAACAAUCAUCAUCAUCACCAUCAACAACAUGUUACACCGGUCACAACUGGUCAACGUAAUAUACGAAAACGUAAAUGUAAUUCCAAUCUAACAAAUAGUAAAAAUUUACGCAUGAAUACUGCUGCUUCCCACACUAAUAAUAGUUAUUGGCAUGAAAAUGAUGACGAAGAUUCCUCAUCGAAUGAUGGUCCACCAGUGGGUUUGGCAACAACACCACGUAAUACAUCUAGUAAACAAGCAAAUAAUUCCUCCAUACUCUUAAAUAACUCCUUAAAUGUAAGCCUUAUGCAAAAUGAUAAUAAUUCAACAGUAACUGAAUCACCCAAACCUGUCUAUACGCUGAGACCAUCGGUGGUGAAUGGUACGGUUUUGUAUGAUUUGGCACAGAAACCAUGGCGUUUAGGACGGCCAAUUGGCAAAGGUAAUUUUGGUGAAAUAUUUUUAGCAUCUGAUAACAUCAGCAUUCCGGUUACAAACGAAAAUGCCAAGUUCGUUGUUAAAAUUGAGCCACAUUCGAAUGGGCCUCUGUUUGUCGAAAUACAUUGUCUUAUGAACACUGCCAAAAAGAAUUGCACUAUUAAAAAUGAAGAAAAUACUACAAGUGAAAAGCAUGAAGAAACUGCAGCUGCUUGUAAUAAUUUACCUAAGGGAGAACCUUCGGGUAUACCAGAUUAUAUAGCUUCCGGUUCGCAUUAUUUUGGCAAUGCACGAUAUCGCUUUUUGGUUUUACCACGAUUUGAUCGUGAUCUGCAUUCGCUAAUAAAGAAAUGUCGUGUUCACCAGAAAUCCGUAUUAACCCUGGCCAUACACAUCAUAAAUGUUUUAGAGAACUUACACGAUAAAGGCUAUUGUCACAAUGAUGUUAAGGCCCAAAAUCUUAUGAUAUCAAAGUGUAAAUAUUUGCAACAAAAACAGAAAACAACAACAACAACAACGUCUUUAAGCAACUAUUCCAAUGAGGGUAGUGAAGUUAAUGCCGCUAGCGGCAAACAGCAGCAGCAACAACGCUUAAAGUCUUCAAAAUACGAUGAUCAUUAUGAGGAGAAACAACAGACCACAGAUAGUGGCAAUAGCUCGGAACAGGAAGCCAAUGAUGAUGAUGAAGAUUUUGUGGUCAAGCGUAAAGUUUACAAUAGCAAGGAUAUUGAUCGUGAUUACGAAGAAGAUGAUGAUGAUGACGAGGAAGAGGAUGAAUCUUCAGCAGAAGAUAAUGAUGAUGAGGAUGAAGAUUUCGAUGAUGGCGCUACCACAAACAGCAUGAACAGCAACAGUAGGGAUACUUAUGAGACACCCGUCAACAAAAAUAAGCGAGUAAAUACAAAAAAGACAUCUUCCCGCAAUAUUGUACAAUACAGUGGCUCAAAUCCGGUGAGAUCGUGUCGUCGUGAAAAACCCAAUUCCAUAUACGAUGAAAUGGUUAAAUCUCAUUAUUUGCGUCCUACCAAACGUAUCAGUUACUCGGAAUUCUUUAACGAAGACGGUGUCUCAGUGAAAAGCCAUGGACAUGGUGGUAAUAGUAAUUCAUCUAGUGAUAUGCAUUCCAACUCCUCGGACGAUGAGUCCGAAGAAUUUGUGCCUCUACCCAUACGACGCAGCAUUAAGUCAACGGCCAAGAAAACAUAUACCACAAAUUUGGCUUCAAGACGUUUGACCAGGCGCCAGGAAAAGCUUUUAGGACUCAAUAAUAAACGUGUGGCCGAAAUGCAUUGCAGCGCUGCGACCGAUGCUGCUAAUGAUGAUGACAGCAAUAAACAUAAAGUCAAAACAGAAAAGCAUCAGGCCACGUCCCAGCAAGAACCAGAAUGGAUUGAAAUUGACGAAGAACGCAUUUUCCUCAUUGAUUACGGCUUAGCCUCAAAGUUCAUUGACAAUGGUGUUCAUCGUCCAUUCGUUAUGGAUCAACGUAGAGCCCACGAUGGUACUCUUGAAUUUACUUCCCGCGAUGCUCACAUGGGCGCCCACUCAAGGCGCAGUGAUAUGGAAUGUUUAGGCUAUAACCUGCUCUUUUGGUCUCAGGGCUAUUUGCCCUGGAAGGAGGCGGCCACUAACCAGCAACAGGAAAAGGUACAUCGUGCCAAAGAGUUUCUCAUGACCGAUGUACGAGAAUUGCUGAGACAAAUCUAUGGUAAACAAGUGCCCAACUAUUUGGGCGAAUACCUACACUUGGUGGGUCAACUGGCCUACCACGAACGUCCCGACUAUGAACGUUACCGUCGUCUAUUCGAAAGGGAGUAUCAACAGUUGGGCUAUUCGCUUAGCGAAAUGCACCUGCAAAUGCAUGAAAUACAACGCACUUGUGUGCGCGUUAAAGAGGAAAUUGAAAAUAAAAAUGAUUUCUUUGAGACGAACAAAAACAAUGGCGCCUGCAACAUGGUAUUGAAUAUAAUGCAAAAUCUCUCCGUUGGCGGUACACCAUUCCACGAGCGCACACUCUCGAAUCGUGUAUCACCUAAGAAUCUACGUUCGAAAUCCGAUAAAAAGGACACAAAAAAGAAAAAAUUCUCUUGGGCUGAAAUACUCUCACAAGAUCCCGAUCAAAUAGCAAGAGAACGAGCCGAAAAAGAGUUCGAUCGUGAAGAGGAAUUGAGUGAAGUACAACAGCCAUUGGUAAGACGUUAUCAAGGCAAACCUACGGCUCAUAUUAUAGCUGUACUAGCUAUCUUGGGACGUUCGGUAAAAGAAUAUGAGGAAGAGACCAAUAAAUUGGAAAAGGAAUAUAAAGAAAAACAACAUAAACAAGAGAACAAAAUGGAAGUGGAUGAAUGUGAUAAUGUUAAAGCUUUUAAGGAAGCUGAAGAAGAAAUGGAAGAAGAUAACCACAAUGAUGAUGACGAUCAACGAGACGAAGAAGAUUGUCAAGAGCAGCAGGCUGUUGAGGAAGAUGAUGCCGAAACAGAUGCUACCGAAACAUCUGAACAUUUUACACGCCGUAAAACGACAGCUUCUUCUACCACACAAAAACAGCGAACAAUUACAAAGCGUAAUACAAAAACUAGCUCUAGUAAAACAACAGCUUCCAGAAGGCUGAUAUUGAAAACACCGCAAGUAACAACUACACCCUCUAACACAGAUACGAACGGCAAUACUUUAUCAGCUACACCCGUUUGUGCUAGAACAAGAGGUAAGAGGGCAGCUACCACAGUGAAAAAAUAUAAAUCACCUUCAUUAACUGCAAACAAAACAAAAGCAAAAACAACUAAAAAACGUGGCAGUGCCAUUAAAAGCAUGGGACGUAAGACGUCAUCAUCGACAACAUCAGGAACAUCGGCAGCCUCGGCUGCGGGUGAAAUUGAUCAACAUCAACAAGAUAUGUCCAAUACCACUAACAACAACAAUAAUAAUAACAAACGGGAACGUCGUACACGACGUUGUCUAAUGAAGACUGAUCUAGCAACAUCAGAAAGUCUACAGGAAGAUGAUUCAAAUUCAAAUUUUAGUCCUGAUGUUUGGAAAAUCAACACUGAGGCAAUGUAUACACGCAACUGUAGGAAAUAACCUAUACUAAUACACAACUAAAUACACAUACAUAAAUACAACUUUUAUAUUAUUAUACAUAUUGUACUACAAUAUAAAUAAUUAUAAUAGUUUUCCCUUUAAAUGCAUUAUUUUUAAAGCCUUUAAAACUUUUUUUGAUUUGUAAAAUUAAUCUCUGUAAUAUGAACAACAAGAAACUAUAACAUUUCGUUAUGAAUUUUUUUUUUUUUUUUAUUUUUUGAAAGAGAAAGUGAAAUGGAAUUUAAAAAUCUAUAUGAAAAAGUAUUAAACAUAAUAAUAAAAUAAUAGUUAAUUAGAACUAAAUGCUAUAAAAUGCUAUCAUUAUUAUUAUUAUUAUUUAAUUUUAUAAUAUAAAAACAAGAACUAAUAAUUAUGUCUACAUUACAAAAUGCCUACAAAAGUUAUAUACUUCUACUCCAUUUAAACAAUAAAAAAUAAAUCAUUUUCAAGCCCCCGGCUUUUUAAAUAAAUUAAAACAUUUGUUUUUUAUAAAAUAGUUAAAAACAAACAAACAAAAACAUAACAACAACAAAUUAGUAAAUAAAACG